CUGUGGUGAAAGGCAAACAGCUUAUAAAUAUGACUGUGAGAGCAGCCGGUGGUCCAGGUAAUAGUGGGACGGUUGGUACCAUGCAGUUGCACAUUUUGACUGUAGACACCUUGAGGACUGCAAUCUUUCACAAACAGUUUUAUACAAACAGGUUACAGCACACAGUGUUUUACAACCUUUUUAAAACUGAAAUUGUUUGAAAUAAGAUAAAACUGUUUAAACCAGACGUUCGUCCCCGUCAGCACAGAGGUCUCGGUGAUUGUAACACCUUGUGUGUCGGCAAACAGUUCUGUCAGCUUCAGGUUAAUAUUUCAAACAUGAAAUCCUUCUUUCAGACUUGAAGAAACCAGGUAAUCAGAGUAAUUUAUUCCUAACAUGACAUCAACUCGUACAUGGCGCUGACGAGUGUCCGUGGAAACCCACAAACGAUACAGGAAGACAUUUGCAUCGACAUCGACAUCGACUUCAUCGCUGAGGCUGAUGAGUGCGGAGGGACGAGAGGAGGCUGGACGGACACCUGCAACAGUCAUCAAGAUGUUUGUACACAAGGACUGGCACCUGCAGUGUUUGAUGGCGAUGUGUGUUCUCACCUGUGUCCUCUCACCUGUCGCCACUCUCUUUCCGUACGGCACCUCAGCGGGGGACACUGCCAACCCCUCAUCAACCACGGCCUCCAGUGGACCUCUGAGUGUCAGCCCCGCCCUGGUCUUCUACAACAACACCUACAACCACCUGUAUGUAAACAACGACGGAUUUAUUUCCUUCACGGGCAACGGAACUGUCUUCAGCCUGGGCAACGCCUUCCCUAACAGCUACCCAGCCAUCUGCAUCUUCGGGUGUGACAUCGCUCCUCGUGCUGAUGGACGAGUUUGGCACCGAGUGUCUAGCGCUGCCUCCGACAUAGAGGGUGUACACAACAUCACCCGCAGGUAUGACCUGGGUGACAGCGGCACCUUUGUGCCCACCUGGGUGCUCGUGGCCUCAUGGGUACAGGUCCACAGUCCGGCAAACACCACUACCCAGGGCAACACCAUGCAGCUGACAGUAGCCACCAAUGGUGUGACCUCAGUGGUGAUGAUGGAGUUCUCUCUCAUCAGCUGGGUCAUGGACGCCAUCGGGUCUACCAGCAUCCGAGCUCAAGUGGGCUUCAACAAAGGUAAUUCCCAGCAGUCCUACGUCUUGCCGGAGUCCAAGAGCGAGGCGCUGUUCAACCUCCCAAAUCGGACCAACGUUGGUCAGCCAGGCUUCUUCUUGUUCAGGGUUGAUCAGGACAUUGUUGUUCCAUCUCUCAUCACAACAACAGCGGUUACGACUAUUACUUCUACCGAUCCCACAACAAUGACAUCACCAGUGACCUCUACCUCUACAGAGACGACACCUGCAGUCACCUCCACGUCAACAGAGACGACAACUGCAGUGACAUCCACGUCAACAGAGACGACAACUGCAGUGACAUCCACGUCAACAGAGACGACAACUGCAGUGACAUCCACGUCAACAGUGACGACAACUGCAGUGACAUCCCCGUCAACAGUGACAACACCUGCAGUGACCUCUACCUCUACAGAGACAACACCUGCAGUGACCUCCACGCCAACGGAGGCAAGCAUAACAUAUUCAGAGAGGACUGAGACUUCAACGGCAGCAACAGCAAAACCAACAACAACAUCAACAGCUACAGAUGCUGCAACAUCAGAGAAGGCAACUGUAACAUCUCCAGCAACUCCAUCUACAGCGAGCUCUCCAGCGACAUCAGCAGCGAUCACAACUUCUGCUCUAACGGGUGAGCCUGCGCAGUCUAACCAGACGGCCGAGUUCCGGGCGGAGGAUUACUACAUCGGCUUUGGCGUGGGCGGCGGUGUGGCUUUGAUCCUCCUGGUGGUGGGCGCUGUUUUUCUGGCCAGGUACUUCCUCAGACGACCCAACCGCGUGAACUCUGUGAAGCACGAGGAGUCGUCGAGAGGACUGCACGAGUCCAAGUCAAGCAGAACCCACGUGACUGGGGCCUGGCUGAGCGAUGACAGCCCUUAUCGCAUCCCAAGACCUCGGUUCUCUCCCCGCGCUAGACGAUGACAGGGAGGCACAAUUAUGUCCAACCUGUGGUGAUGAACAAUUUUGUGACAAACAUUCAGAGAUAAACAUUUUAUUUCAAGUCUGCAGGGACGCACACUUCAUGUGAUAAACCAGAGGUGAACUUUUAUAUGAAACAGAGAUAAACUCUGGUGUGAUGAAUCGUAAUGGAGGAUGGUUUGAUGUGUUAAACCAGAAGAUAUCAUUAUGUCACUUGGAUAUCUUUGCCAUGACACUUGCUGUGUUGUCCUGUGCUGCAUGUAUCAGUGUCAGAAGGUGGGACACUGGUUACUGAAAACUGGAGGACAUGGCACACCGGAUGUUAUCAGUGCUAAUCUUCACAGAAAUAGCUAUUUAAGUGUGAUAUUUAUUGUCUGUAGAUACCACUUGAUCAACGUGUCCAUGUAUCGCAAAAGUUCGCCUUUUACAUCUCUUUCUUUCCAUUAAACUUGCUGAUGGGAAGGGGGCUUCUAACGACCCCUCCACCACCCGUCCCAGUGUUGGUAAACAUGUCAGAUAGACAUUUUUAUUCCUGGCUCAUCAAACUGAUGCGUUGUUCAAUCUGAAAUAUUUUAUGAUCGUUAAAUUUAUUAAUUUCUUAUUUAACUACUUGGAUGACACUGAAAGCGUUUUGUAUAUUAUUUAUUUAUUUGGUUGUUGUGUUGUCUUUAUUGUAUGUGCUGUCUUACCUUUGGCGAUUGAAAGCCUGUUAUUAUUAUGCUGAUAAAUUGUGGGAAGUUUUGUUUUGAGAUAAUAACUAUAGCAACCCAAUCUGAAGCAAUCCUGAACUCAGUACAAAGCUCAGUAUUUUCUCUCUGCGAGUGCUCUCCCCUACAUUACUCUUGUCCUCACAGAAACUACAAAGCGUCUCAAAUGUUUGCUACAAUGUUUAAAUCAGAGAUAGUUGUGUACAGUUGUGGUGAACAUUUGGCAUACACGGGUAAAUGGUUAUGUGAUGGCUUAAUAAUUUAAAUUAAAUCAUCGUGCAUACAAAUAUCUCGGAAUAAUCCUUCUCCCCGCUGUGUGUUUACAAAAGUUUGACAAGAAAUAUUAAAAAAACUGCAAGGAGUUUACAAAAAUAAAAGUUAUCAUACUAAACAUU